AUCGUGUUCAUAAGAAAAGUGAAAAUUCACGACAUGUUUUGAUGUUCAUGUGAAUUUGUCGAAAGAAAUUCAGCAUUUCUUCUUUGAGAUCAACAAAAAAUGGUACGUUAUUUUGCCUCGUACUUUAUUCCUCAGCAUUUCGUUAUAGUUGUCUAUUCAAACUUAAUAUUCUCGCCUUUAAACAGGAGAUUUUUGUGAUGGUUCGUCGCGCGAAGUUGACAAUGUUUCUCGAUUGUACGGAAUCAACGACCGUGUCUGAACUCAAAAAAAUGAUCGAAGGCAUCGCCAAGAAGGCUCCCGAAGACCAGAAGUUGUUCAAAGAUGAACAAUCUCUGGAUGAUAAUAAAACGUUGGGUGAUUAUGGUUUCACAAGUCAGACAGCGAGACCACAAAGCCCAGCGAUGAUUGGUUUGGCUUGCAAGGUUGAAGGUUAGGCUUGACCGUUGAGUUAGAUGAUUAAUAAGUUAGGCCCUAUUCAUAUGAGCUGGCUGACUCACAACUGGCGAGAUCUCGCCUUGUAUAUUAUUAUAUGUUUUCGAAAUUUGGUUCACAUGGGAACCGGACCAGCCCAAAUUGCCCAGACCGCCAACUUGAGCGAAGCGAGAUCUUCCCUCAGACUGGCGAACUGGGCUGGAAAUUGUGUCACAACAUGCUUUAAGCACAGAGUAGAUACAGAUACAGAGUUAUAGCUAGUGUACCCACUUUUUUUGUACACAUGCUCGGCAAGUUACUAGAUGCAUGCAUCCCAUUGGAUGGCGGCAUGCGCCAAGCACGCGCAGUUGAUAAUUUUUUGCCUGAAAAGAAGUGGGUACAUGAAAAUGUAAGUUUCCACAGUGUUUACGACGGCCUGUUACAACUCUGUAUAUAUCUACUCUGUGCUUUAGGUACAGGUAUUCUAUAUACAUAAUCAUAAUGUAUUUAUUUAAAGGUACAGAUGACUGGGAGCCAUUGAACAUCACAAAUCUAUCCACACCCCCUGAUCCACCUGAUGUUAUGAUUCCACAAGAAAGCAGUGCGCCUGAGGCUAAAUAACUCCAUCCUAUGUCGUAGUAUUCAUUAUAUUGCUAUACACAUAAAAAUGAUACGUUAAAGGCAUUGUUAAUCACACGUAAACAUGGUUUGGAAGUUCACGCUAUGAUUCGCUAUCGUAAAGCACUUGCCAUGUUCCUAGCCAGUGUGUUAAGAAGAAGCUGUCGCCCCCUGAAAACAUUCAAAAUGGCCAGCUUGUCUUUGGCGUUCAGGAGGAACAUGGCGAGUGCUUUGCGAUUGAGAAUACAUAGGGUGGCGGUGGUUACAGGUUUUUGGCUGAGUUGGACCUCUGUAUUGUGUAUAUUCUGUGGUAAAACAAUAGAUAAUAAAAACACCAGAUAGGAAACUCAUGAUCACAUAUGAAGAACAAGUUAUUUCGCUGACCUCAGAAUGACAUUUCGUCAAAAAAAUUUUCUUCAAGAUUGGUUUAGAAACAAACUUGGAGUAGGGUUAGGUUAGGGUAAGAAUUAGGGUAGAGUUGGUGUUUGGAAUAGGGUUAGUGUUAGUAAAACCGUUGCUUUGUUACGUUUUGUCACUCUGAGGCCAGCGAAAUAACCUCUUCCCACAUAUGAUGCUUCAAGCUUGUUGUUGAUUGUGUCUCAGCUUUGUUGAAACUUUAAUUAUGGCAUCACCAAAACCAUAACAAUUGUACGUUUACCUAUCUAAGCGAUCAUCCAACACUCAACUUGUACACAGGUUUUUCUCAACAUCAGAAAGCUUUGAUGUUCUCACCAGACUUCCUAACCAUGUUUAUAUAUUAGCUAUGGUCUAGUUGGAAACAAACUGGUGGUUUUAAUCCGAUAUUAUAUGAAACAAUUUUUAGCGACGAUACCCAAAUAUACAAAUGUUUAGAAUGACUGUAGAAUUCUUUUGGCUGCUUCAAGUCUCAUAAUUUUGUGUUUAAAACAAUCUAAAACUAAAUAUGAAGAGUUGUGGGUAAGCUAUAUCUUUCAAAUUACGUAGAAGAAGAUAUUUGCUUGAUAAAUUAAAAUAAUAAUUUAAACAUGUUACGAUUUGAUUUGUGAAGAAUGUGACAGAUGCAAAGAUCUCACAUUAUAAAAUUCUGGCUUUAAACGUAAUUCCCUGAAUUCAAAAGGUUGCUCUAUCCAGUCGUAAUUUUGAGGCCAGUGGUCGUACACCAGUUGGAGUUUAACCUCGUCCUUACCACAGAGCAAUUACAUACAGAGGUCUCACUUCAGGUUAUUUAUAUUAUUGGAAUUUCAAUGUUUCAGGGGGGGGGGGGGGUGAAUGCCUGUCUUUACGGCUCUUGCUGAGAACAUGGCCACCAGAUAUGCGCAAUAAAAACUACCUCGCAGAAGUGAGACAUCUGUAUGUAAUUACUCUGUGUCCCUACCUCCAUUCAAAGAUUGGCUAUAAACCUUCACAAAAAUUGAAAUCUACAGUCAUGACGUCGAACGAAAUUUGUCCACACUUUUGUCUCACAACGAAAUUUGUCUACACUUUGCGCAUUGUUGCUAAAUAUUGUUCAUAUAGCAUUUACUAUCCCGUUUGCAACCAACUGUAAACUAUGACCAACAAAGUCGCAAAUAAAAACAUAUUAGGCAUUGUACGUUUUGACGUCUCUGAUGUCAACUGUCAAAUUCACUUUGACAGAACUUCGCCCAAAAUUAUAUGAGGCGUGGUCGGUCAUAGCUCACUCUUGCUUGCAAAAUAAGGAUGCAAAGAAUUUCACAAUGAAAACUUGCUUGGGUGGUUGUAUACCCAUAUAUUUAGACUUUCACCUACAUUGGCUACAAAGAACUGUUACUGAUUUUUUUGUUUAACUAAUAGGCUGUACCGAUAAGACGAACUGAUGUCAUUGAUCUAAAUACUAGAUUACUAGGAAAUAGCCAAUUCAGAUUCUUGGAAUAAAUUGCGGUUGAGAUGUGACUGGAAGAAUGAGAAUGUGUUUUUGAAUGUUUUCAACUGUUCAAUCAUCAUUUGAGUAUGCAAAAAAGUUGCUAAAAAAACACAAUUAGUUUCGGCACGAUUGAUUCUCUUUAAUUUCGAAACUAUAAUCCCUCAAAUGUGCCUUUAUUUUGCUUCGCACAGAAGACAAAUUAUUUAUUACGCGUCAUUUGGAUUAGCUAUGCGCAAUCGAGAAUCUGAAUUGCCUUAUUAACCUAAAAUACUUAGUAAAUCAUUGAAUAAAGUUAUACUUUGUCUUUGAGUGAAA